AUGAAAUAUUCUUUGGUAAUCCCCUGGAUUUUAAUGAAGUUUAGUAAAACUUUAAAGGAAAAGCAAGUGCAGGAAUGGAGAGCUAAAUAUCUGAGCUAUGAAGAGUUGAAAGAAAAGAUAGAUGCCAGCCAGGAUGAGUUCAUCCAAGAGAUCAAUAAAGAAGUAGAGAAAGUGGAUGUUUUCUAUAGAAUUCUGGAAAGAGGGAUACUCCGGGGGCUCGUUGACCUAUUAGAACUUUUCCCAGAGGAAGAGUUCCCAUAUGCAUACGAGAUGGUCUAUGAGAAUUGGAAGCUGGCCAUGGCUAAAUCAGUGAGUGUAAGACACAAAAGAAGCAGGCAGGAGAGACCGAUUAAGAAGUCAGCCAGAAAGGUAAGGGAGAAUAAAGUACUAGAGUUCUACGUGGCACUAAACAAAGUCCUCCAAUACAAGCGCAUGAACAUAACGGGAUUUAGGAAGAUCCUGAAGAAAUACGACAAGAAGAAUGGAACAGACAUACAAAACAUAAAAAUGGAAGAGAUAAGGACCAGAUCUAUCUUCAUGCAGCAGACAGUUGAAGAAAUCAUUGAAUUCACAAGGUACCUCCAUAAGGAAAUCACACCAAACAGGAAAAGAGACAGAGCAAAAAGACUUGUUGUAGACCUAACAGAAGAAGAUGCCCAGGGAGAUGGAAAGAGCUUUUCAUCUGGGGCCAUGAUGAGUGCAAGUAUAUUUCUUAUGGCAAUGUCACUGCAAAACACAGAGGGUCUCAUGCAGUAUGGAAUUCUCUAUACUUUUGAUAUUCUUUUGCUCUCUUUAGGGGCUUUGUUCUAUAUAUGCAGGAAGAACCUAGUGAAUUAUACACUCAUUCUGGAGCUGAACCUAAAGCCAAAGUUCAAAAUAUCAAACUACUUCCUGAUGUGCGGGAUUGUCUUCCUGCUGCACUCUCUGGCUGGAUACCUAAGCGUAAAUCACUGGGUUGUAUAUAUCCUAACAGGAGUUGUUUUCCUUAUGCCCUUAGACUACUUUUACAGGGAAAUUCGGGUGUAUUUAUUCCGUACAGUGGCAGAUGUGCUUGCAUGCAGUGUAUUCGGGAAGGUUCAUUUCAAGCACUUUUUCAUUGCAGAUUAUCUCAUAAGCAUCAGGGCUGCCUUGAUGCUUGCGAUUAUGGCGGGCCUGCAGGGACCACCAAGCACUGGUGUUCAGUGCGUAGUCCAUUAUAUGCCCAUUAUCAUUCGCAUAUUCCAAUGUAUUAGAAGACACUUUGAAAAGACAAAUAGACAUGCAUUCCCGCACAUGUACAAUACAUUAAAAUACAUCAUCUCUUUCGGAAGUGACACUUUAUUGAUCUUAUCUGAUACUGUAAAUAUCUGGAUACGCAUGGCUGGGCUAAUUAUCACACACGUAUUCGGGCUGAUGUGGGAUGUGUCUGUGGACUGGAUGCUUUGGAAUAGGCCGAAAGUGUACGAUAACACAGUCUACAUAUCCGCAUGCAUUUUUAAUUUUGCAGUACGCUUGGCGGCUGUUGUAAGUCCUUUAAUGUUUAAGAUAGCAGGGCCAUGCGAGGUAGAGACUAAGCUUAAGAUUAAGCUGGCCCUUUGCAUACUUGAAAUUGUAAGGCGUCUUAUCUGGGGAAUUAUCCGAAUAGAAGUGGAGCACUUGAAUAACUGCAAUAGACUGAAGGCAAUUAGUGGGCCAUUGAAUGACCUGUUCUACUUGGAGGAUGAUCGGUAG